AUGAGGAACUGCCGAUCUAUACCUGCUGCGCCCCUUGCCUAUUUAUUCAACCUGGAUAACGGUUACUUUCCAGAUUCCUGGAAAAUGACGAGAAUCACAAUCAGAGAUAGAAAAGACUCUAAGGAAGCAUAUAGACUGGUGGAUGCUACAUACUUUGAUUACAGGAAGGCGUUUGACGACGUUAAUGACAUUCUGUUAUCGAAGUUGGCCAGUAUCGGAUUCACUCCAAAAAUAUUAAAAGAUCGCCUGCAGUAUGUAGAGUGCAAAGAUGUAUAA